AUGGAAAAUCUACUUAACAAAGGCUAUUGCGAACGUGCUCCCCAUCUUGAAAAUGAAGAAUGUUGGUAUCUUCCAUUAUUUGGUGUAUAUCACCCGAAGAAAAAGGACAAAAUUCGUAUUGUGUUUGAUUCGUCAAGUAAGUUUGAUGGAGUGUCCUUGAACAGCGUGCUCAUGACUGGUCCAGAUUUAACAAAUAGCCUGACUGGGAUACUGAUGAGAUUCAGAAGAGAUAGAAUAGCAGUAUCUGGGGAUAUAGAACAGAUGUUUUACCAAUUCCGGGUUGAUGAAACACAUCGCAAUUACUUACGGUUCCUCUGGUAUGAAGACAACGACUUCAAUAAACCAUUAAUUGAGUAUCGCAUGUGCGUGCAUGUUUUUGGAAAUGCCCCCUCACCUGCAGUGGCAACAUAUGGCCUCCAACAAUCAGCCAAAAAUGCUGCAGAAACCUAUGGUGAAGCUAUGUUAGAUUUCGUCUGUAAUGACUUCUAUGUUGAUGAUGGUUUGUCUUCACUUCACACAGAGAGAGAAGCUGUAUCGUUACUGACUAACACAAAAGAAGCUCUACAAGAAGAAGGAAAUCUACGUGAGGAAGAUCUAGCUAAAGAUAUCAAAUCUAAAGAUUCUCCUGUACAUAGAAGCCUAGGACUUACUUGGAGACUUGAUGAUGAUUCAUUCACAUUUCAGCUUGACAGAGAUGAGAAACCAACAUAUACUAAACGAACUGUGCUCGGAAUUAUCAAUAGCCUUUACGAUCCGUUAGGCUUUUUAUCACCUUUCACGAUAACUGGUAAACUAUUGCUACGAGAUAUCACUGACAGUGUUCAGGAUUGGGACGAACCAUUGCCUGACUAUCUGCACAAGAAGUGGUUGUCAUGGUUCCAAAGUCUGCAAGAUCUUCAAUAUCUUAGGAUACCAAGAACCUAUUUUCCUCCUAGUGUGAAAUUUGGCGCUGAGAAGGAACUCCAUGUAUUCUGUGAUGCUUCUGAGAAAGCUAUUUCUAAUGUUGCAUACCUUAAAACUGUUGGAAAUGAAAGUACCAAUGUUGGAUAUGUGUUCGGUAAAGCCAAAGUAGCACCCAAACAUGGACAUACUAUACCCAGAUUAGAACUGUGUGCAGCUGUUUUGGGAGUGGAAAUUGCUGAAAUGAUUUGUGAAGAGUUAUCCAUUUCACCUGAGAAUAUAACAUACCACACUGACAGUAAAAUUGUACUUGGAUACUUAAAUAAUAAGACCAGAAGAUUCUAUGUCUAUGUAGAAAAUAGAGUUUCCAGAAUUCUUAAAUUUUCCAAGUCAUUGCAAUGGAAAUACGUAGAAACAGAUAGAAAUCCUGCUGAUGAAAGUACCCGUGGUUUGAAACCUUCGGAACUGGUGCACUCUAAAUGGUUGUCAGGACUACCUUUGUUAUCAUUACCAGAAUCUUCCGAGCAAUAUGACUUACAAAAUCCUAAUGAGGAUGUUGAAGUUCGAUCCUCAGUGACAAGCAUGAAAACUGAAGUGAAAUUUGGAAUAAAUCGCUUUGAAAAGUUCUCAACUUGGAAGAGACUUGUCCUUGCUAUAUCUACUCUCUUGAAAUUUGUCAGGCGUUUUAAGAAGAGGCAUACUUCAAGUAGUGACAAUUGUCAGUCACAGAUACUUCCCGAGCAGGAAAUUGAUGCCAAAACUUUCAUUAUCAAACAAGUGCAAAAGGAGAUAUACCACAAGGAAAUAUCAUGUUUGAAAUCUGACAAAAAGUUACCUAAACAAAGUAAUGUGUUGGAUCUUGCACCAUUUAUUAAUAAAAAUGAAGAAAUUCUCAGAGUUGGAGGAAGACUGAAAUCUUCUCAACUACCUAAAGGUGAAAAACAUCCUAUUCUUAUACCUGGACGAUCACAUACAGCUACUUUACUGGUUCGACAUUAUCAUGAAAAGGUCCACCACCAAGGACGUCAUAUUACAGAAGGCGCCAUUAGAACAGCCGGUUAUUGGAUAACUGGUGGCAAGAGACUGAUAGCUAACCUUAUCCACUCAUGUGUGCAGUGCCGUAAACUCAGAGGUUCAUUCUCCUCUCAAAUGAUGUCUAACUUACCUGCUGAUAGAAUCACACCUGCUCCGCCCUUUACCUUUGUUGGAGUCGAUGUGUUUGGCCCCUGGAAUGUUAUUACCCGUCGUACAAGGGGCGGAAGUUCUACAUCAAAACGUUGGGCAGUUCUCUUUACUUGCUUGUCAAUCAGAGCCAUACACAUUGAACUGGUAGAAGAGAUGUCAUCAUCAGCGUUUAUCAAUGCUCUGAGACGAUUACUUCACUAA